UUCACUUCCUGUGUUGACCGGAAGUGAUGGCAAGCUUUCAGCUGUCAUGGCUGAAAAGAGGAAUGUUUUGGGGCUGCCUCUGCUGUUUUUACUAACAGCCGUGGCCCUCCUGCAUUUGUUCGUCUGUCCGUUCACUAAAGUCGAGGAGAGCUUUAAUUUACAAGCGGCGCACGACAUUCUGUAUCACAGGCUGCACUUUGACGAGUACGACCAUCAUGAGUUCCCCGGCGUGGUGCCACGGACUUUCCUCGGCCCCCUCUUUAUCUCCAUGCUCUGCUCCCCCGUCGUGUUUCUGUCCUCUCUGCUGGACGCACCGAAAUUUUACACACAGCUGACAGUCCGAGCUUCCCUGGGACUGUGUGUUAUCUGUGCGCUGUGGCACAUGCAGAAGGAGGCGAGGAGGCAGUUCGGCUCCACGGUUGCAGGGCUGUUUUGUCUGAUGUGUGCUUCUCAGUUUCACCUCAUGUUCUACAGCACCAGAACGCUCCCUAAUGUGUUUGCACUGCCGAUAGUUCUGGUAGCAUUCACGUCUUGGAUGGCUCAAAAAUACGGAAGAUUCAUCAGCCUCUCUGCUUUAGUCAUCAUUGUGUUCCGGUCAGAGCUCUGCAUCCUUCUGGGACUCAUGUUACUGAUAUCACUCCUGAGCAGGAAGCUGGGGCUGCUGCAGCUGCUUUACUAUGCUAUUCCUGCUGGGAUCUUGUCACUGGCUCUGACUGUGGCCAUCGACACUGUCUUUUGGAGGAAGGUUUUGUGGCCUGAAGGUCAGGUUUUGUGGUAUAACACCAUUCUCAACAAAAGUUCCAACUGGGGAACCUCUCCCUUUCUGUGGUACUUUUACUCUGCUGUACCCCGCGCACUGGGCUGCACGCUGUUCUUUGUCCCCCUCGGCCUCCUUGACAGGCGGAUGAGGCUGUUGCUGCUACCCACCGUGGGCUUCAUCCUCAUAUACUCGCUGCUGCCCCACAAGGAGAUGCGCUUUAUCAUAUACACUUUUCCCGUGCUCAGCUUGGUGGCUGCCCGAGGCUGUUCUUUCAUUUUGUGUAACUACCAGAAAUCCUGGAUCUAUAAACUGGGCUCUGCAGUCGUGGUUGGCCAGCUGUUGACCAAUGCAGCGUACUCGAGUAUUUGCCUCUACGUUUCCCACCACAACUACCCAGGGGGCAGAGGAAUGCACGAAUUACACAGGCUGUUGCCGGUCACAGCAGAUGUCUUUGUUCAUAUUGACACAUAUGCUGCUGAAACUGGAGUAUCUCGCUUCUUGGAGCAGAACAGAAACUGGAGAUAUGACAAACGUGAGGACUUGAGUAUCACAAGCCCUGACAUCAAAAUGUACUCACACCUACUGAUGGAGGCUAAUGUCACCAAGAUACAGCUAGUCAAGGACACCCAUCAGCCUCUGGCCUUCAUAGAAGGUUACAGCAACAUUGCCUUCAACAAGUUUCACUUCCCUCCUAUCACUGUGCGAUUUGAGAGAAAAGCUGUGCUGAUGGAGAGAAAGACUGGGCAACAAAAAGAGAGACUAUAACCGGAAUGAGGUGUUGAAUGAAGGAGUUAUGUUCACUGACCAAAAAAAUAAGUCCAAAGGUGACCAAAACAAGUGUUCUCAAGGUUACAUUGGGAUGUUUUUUCUAGGUAUUAAAUAACGUCUAUCAUUUAUAUUUGAGUACAAUUCAACUGCUGACAUGUCAAGUAGUAAAAAUUGUUCUCUACGCUCAUGUUGAUGUGUAAUAAAUUGCAUUUCCCCAUGAAAAAAUUAAAUGUCUUCUCGCAGACUGCUAAACUUAUCUUCUAGACUGCUUUGUAUUUUUAUAUUUUUGUAGAUAGAUUUCAUAUAUAAAUAAAGCAGUUUUCUGAGUGAAAGAAA